CUCUCGCUUCGGCCUCGGCCUCGACAUCUACUCCUCCUCCUCCCCCUCGCACACUUAUACAUUGCAUUCACCCAAACCCCCCCAUCCCCCACAUCACUGCAUUGCUCCAUCGUCGCCGCCGCCGCCGCCCAUCACCCGCGUCACCCACACCGCGUCGCCCACACACCCACACACCCCCGCGCGCGCACCGCCCCCUGCCGUUCCAAACGCCGCCAGCCCCGCCGCCGCCUCCGCCGCCUCCAUCGCGCAGCACCUGUGUCGCAGAUUAGUCGCAGCAGCCAGCAGCAGUAGCCACGAAACGCCCACAGCCGCUCCACUGGCCUCUGGCACACACGACAGCGUCGACCAACGAACGACAAUUGCAUUGAUCGUGACCGCCAUCACCCAGCGAAUGACUGCAGCCAUCUGAGCAAGUUUGCAGCAGCACAAGUAGCAGCAACAUUGCAGCAGCCUCAGCAGCCACAGCCUAGACCGCCUUCCCUCAACCCGCACGGGCACGCGCGCACCUUCACCCUUGCACCAACAACACGUUUCCAUCGUGCCCCCGCUUGGUCUUGACUUCUCAACAUCUCCCACACGACCUCCUCCCCACCUCCCACACCCGCCCAACUCCCACCCGAUGGCAUCCAGAAGCCACCGCGGCGGCAACGCGAAAUCGUCGUCGUCGCGCGCGCGCCGCGCCGUCCUCAUCAUUGCCGUGCUCAUUACCCUCUUCCUUCUGGGCACGGUCAUUGUCCUCUCCAGCAUCUCAUAUUACCUCCGCAUCCCACUCGAGGCCUACCUCACCGAAGAGGAGGUGCCAUGGAGGCCUCAAGACGUAAUCAAGCCAUUAAUAGGUACAGAAGACGAAGUCGGACCUCCCAUCCACUGGGACGACGUCACAGCUUCUCAAGGCGUUCCGACAACACACCACCGCCGAUCCGACGCGAUUGAGAUCACCGAAACGGAUGAUUUCGACGACAGCGCCGUCUCCGACACGCAUGCGUCGCCCGAUGCCACGGCCAACGAUGGUGUCUGGGGCGUCGACGGCAAGGGUAGCGGUGGCUACUGGAUGCGCGACGGCUGGGACGGCAAGGUUGAAAACACCGCCUCUUGGGAGCACCUGUACAACGUGACGGUCAGACCCGGCGAGAAGGCGCCGCGCAUCAUUCACCAGACCUGGAAGUCGGACACGCUUCCCAAGAAGUGGCAAAAGUCGUGGAAGGAGUGCCGUGAGGGCAUGCAGGACUACGAGUACAUGCUCUGGACCGACGAGCUGUCUCUGCAGUUUGUCAAGACGCACUAUCCCACCUUCCUCCCCAUGUUCGAGGGAUACCAGUACCCCAUCCAGCGCGCCGAUUCGAUCCGAUACUUUGUCCUCCACCACUUUGGCGGCAUUUACAUGGACCUCGACAUGGGCUGCCGCCGCCGCAUGGACCCCCUGCUCAAGGGUGACUGGGAAGUCCUUCUCCCUGUCACUAAGCCCGUGGGCGUUUCCAACGACCUGAUUGUCUCGUCGCCCAAGUCGUCCUUCAUGCGCCAGACAGUCAACGGCCUCCCGAGCUUUGACCACAACUGGAUCAUCAACUACCCGACCGUCAUGUUCACCACCGGCCCCAUGUUCCUUUCGUCCAUGUACGCAAUGUACUCGGCCAGCCACCCGACAACGAACGCGCACCCCCACGCCGAGGUGCGCAUUCUUCCCACGGCCCUUUACGGCAAGAACGCCGUCAAGUCGCAGGUGCCCCACUCGUUCUUCACCCACUUCUACGGCUCCUCGUGGCACGACGGCGACGCUGGCUUCAUCACCUUCCUGGCGACGUCGGGCCGUGGUCUCAUGGUCAUCGGCGCCAUUGUUGUGGUCCUGCUCGGCAUCAGACUCGUCUGGUCCAAGCUCUUUCCCACGACCUCGAUCUACGGAAUGUUCUGGGGCAAGAAUCACGCCGCUCAGUACCAGGCCCUUCCAACUCUCAACGACAUUCAGCUGGGCAGCGGCUCUGGAAGGACGUCACCUUCCAGCUCGUUUGGAUCUGGCCCCGUCUCCCCAACAUAUGAGCCCGGUCAGCCCCAGCUUGGCGGCGCGCUCCGCCGCGCUGGCAACAUUCUUCUCGCUGCGCCUGCCACCCUGCUCUCGUCGUCGUCGUCGUCCUCUGGCGGAGACCGCAGUAGACAGCGCGGCUGGCUGUACUUUGCGCCUACCAUGUUCCAGCCCCAACAGACUGGCCGCAGGAGGACAGCCUCCGAGGCCUCGCAGCUUCCUCCCCGCCGUACGCUCGGUCGCCGCGACCAGCCGCCACCGUACGAGUCGGCGACUGCCAACGAUGACGAUGGCAUGGGCGAGGUCGACGCUUUCCUCAAGCGCGAAACUGGCGAGAUUGCCUGAUCGCGAGUAUAGAACCACGGCCAUCUGCAGUUUUUAAUCAUCGUGUUGUUUUCUGUGGUCACGAAACGAAACAAGACGACGACUCUCACCGUACAUAGUACCCCACUCUCGCACUGGCGUGCCUGUAGACAAAUGAUGUAUCAGUAGCACUGGGACAAUGGCGUGGGCUGGUGUGGCCAAGUGGCGAACGGUGAGAGUGGCGAGUGGCGAGGGAGCAAGUGGCAAUCGG